CACAACGCAGAGAGAGCUGCAGCAAGAGCAAAUACACUGUCCAAGGCUAGGGCUCUCGGCACUUAUAGACUCUCUCUCUCUCUCUCUCUCUGUCUCUCUCUCUCUCCACGUCUUCACUGUGACCUGGGAAGGAAAAAACACAGCAAAUUCAAAGGUCUAGCUUUGAAGUUGGGUUGAUGAGUUAAAAGAAUGAGAAGGCAAGGACAGUAUGGUGACCCAGUUGCCAACACAUUUGUUGGUGGUGGGCAAAUGCAUCAUAUGUCUGUUCAGGGGAUUGACAAUAAUAAAUCUGUUCAAUUUGAAGGGAGGCUGGAGGCCUUUACCCCUGAGAGGGAUAGUAAUCCAUACGCAAAUGUAGAGGGACAAUGGAGAUGGGAAAGAGAUGGAUCAAAAUUGCCAAAUUCCAUUCAGCCUCAUAUGUUAAACAAAGGUCAAGAUGGUGAUAUAACAAGAUCCUACUUUCAGGGUCAAAGGACUGAUCCGAAGCUGGCUUUAGAGAAACAAAGCAACAAUGAUGCUAGAUCUCAACCUGUUAAUGAAGAUAUGGAUAUUGGAUAUGAGGACAAUCCUAUUUCACAGACGUUUGAAGGUCUUGAGCAGAAAUUCUUUGAUGACAUAAUGCAGCUCGCCAAGGAACAGAGCAAUGCUGAGGAUGCAGAAAAUGCUAGACACAGAGAGAAAAUCUAUGCAAUUAAUAUUCAAUAUGAGGAACAACUAGCAGCACUUCGAGCCUGGCAUGCCAGUCGCAGAGAUGACUUCCUUCGUAGGGAAUCGAGCGCACGUCAACAGCAAUACCAGGAAGCCAUGGUGGAUCAUUUUUCUAAUCAUCCUCGCAGUUAUAGGGGAAAUGCUGGCUCAGCCUCAGCUAGUGUGACAGACACACACCGAGGUUAUGAUGCCAAUCAAUAUGAUUCCUACAGAGAGCGAGCUCGGUUUCUUGGUGGUGGGAGGGAACAUGGAUUUGAGCCAAGAGGUCCAUAUCCUGGAGGCCGUGUUUAUGACACCGGCUCGCGCUACUACUAGUUUAGUGGUGUUUACUAACUGUAUUGCUAGUUUCUUCAAGACAGAGUUUUUGCCAUUGCUAUAGUACUAACACAUUCAUCCUCUAAUUUAUUAUGCAGUCCUGGUAUUUGUAAUGCAAUGUUUAGUAACUUGUCAAAGAAAAUUAAUGUAUGGUUGUAUAAUUUUACAUAUACAUAAACUCACUUUGGUGCCAUA